AUGAUUCUUCUUGUGGUCGGUGUUAUUCUUCAAUUGUUGGUGACUGGAUUCAUUUCCUCCGGUGGAGAUACCACCGGAGACGUCUGUCGAAACAAAGCUGCUCUCACCGGCGGUAGUGGGAAGGUCAUUAAUAGUGGCCCCAACGAUCGUAUCUUCAUAUACUACUCCGAUCAUGGUGGUCCCGGAACGCUUGGGAUGCCUGACAAGAGUCAUCUUUACGCUGAUCAACUUAUCCAGGGAAGUAUGCUGGAGGGUCUUCUUCCCCAAGGUUUGAAUAUCUAUGCGACCACCGCGGCGAACAAAGAAGAGGGUAGCUGGGCAACCUAUUGUCCUGGAGGUUUGUGCCUUACAAACGACACAGCAGGGCAACGUCUUGUUGAUGAUUGGAAUUGCCUUAGGGAAAUGGUGACAACCUUUGAGAUACACUAUGGAAAGCUAGCCCAGUAUGGGAUGAAACACAUGCGAAUUUCCUUUGCAAACAUAUGCAAUGCUGGAAUUCGGACGGAGCAGAUGGUUGAGGCAUCGGCAGAAGCUUGUGCCGGCAUCCAUUCCGAUCAUUGA